UUUGUUUGUAAUCUUUAUCUGCUUGAAGUGUGGUUACCGGCUGAUACAAGUUACAACAAAAAAUUAUGAGAAAUGAGUGAACCAGGUAUUAUAAAGAAACUGAGUGAGGAGGUAGUUAAUAGAAUAGCGGCCGGUGAAAUAGUGCAAAGGCCUUCUAACGCACUAAAAGAGUUAAUAGAAAACAGUUUGGAUGCUAAGUCGACUAAUAUUGUGAUCACUGUAAAAGCAGGUGGUUUAAAGUAUUUACAGAUUCAAGAUAAUGGCACAGGAAUAAGAUGUGAAGACUUGGAGAUAGUUUGUGAACGUUUCACGACAUCCAAACUGCGUGAAUAUGAGGACUUGAAAGAGAUUUGUACAUACGGGUUUAGAGGGGAGGCGCUAGCAAGUAUUAGCCAUAUUGCACAUCUCACUAUACUUACUAAGACAGCUACGGCGAAAUGUGCUUAUAAGGCAUCCUACGAAAACGGAAAACUGAAGGCUCCAAUAAAACCGUGUGCGGGCAACAAUGGAACUCAAAUAACAGUCGAAGAUCUGUUCUAUAACGUAAUAGCUCGUAAGAAGGCCCUUAGAAGCCCUACGGAGGAAUACACACACAUAAUGGAGGUUGUAGGAGGAUAUGCCAUACACAACAGUCAUGUCGGCUUCACUUUGAAGAAGUUUGGGGAAAACACUGACUUAAAAACUCCUAUCAAGUCAUCGGUUAUUGAGAAUGUUAGGAUUAUUCACGGUAAUGCAAUAGCCAGAGAGCUAAUGGAGAUUGAACUGGAAGAGCCGUUACUGAAGCUCUCGUUACGUGGAUGUAUCACAAACGUCAACUACUCACAUAAAAAGGGGACCAUGCUGCUGUUUAUCAAUCAUAGAAUGGUUGACUCUCAAUCAAUAAGGAAAGCCGUGGAUAGUAUAUAUUCGACUUACCUACCUAAGAAUUCGCAUGCAUUUGUAUACCUGAGCCUGGAGUUAGAUCCAAGGAAUGUAGAUGUGAAUGUGCACCCGACUAAACACGAGGUUCAGUUUCUAUAUGAAGAGCAGAUUAUAGAGAAGAUCAAGUCUUGUAUAGAGACCAAACUACUAAGUUGUAAUUCUACUAGAGUUAUGUACACACAGGCACGCCUACCAGGCGCUACAAUUGUUGAAGAUAUAGUCAAGAAAACAACUGACGCUGCUAAACCACAUGCCAGUCACAUGGUCCGGGUCAAUUCUGAUGUACAGAAAAUAGAUAAAUUCUUUCAUUCAGUACCAAAAGCUAUAGAAACGGACGCUACGGAAACCAAUAUAUCAGAAAUAAAUGCUCCUAAAAUUGUCGUUGAAACUGUACAAGAUGAUAUUCUAGAGAAUUCUCUAAUAGAUGAACCCAAUACGUCAAAUAAAGGUCCAGAAAAAUAUAAAACGCAUACGGCGGCCGACCAAGCCAAUCUAUUUUACGUAGAUCCGAAAGAAUCGUUUAAAACUCGUACUUUCAAAUACGAGAGGGUCGAAACUAAAUUGACAAGUAUCAAGAAACUGAGGCUGGAUAUAGAAAAUAAGUGUAAUUCGAAUCUGAGGGAAAUAUUAGCGAAUUUGAUCUUUAUUGCGUGUAUUGAUUGUCAUAAGUCGCUCAUACAACAUUCUACUAAACUGUACUUGUGUGAUACUGCUAGAUUUGCGGAGGAGUUAUUUUACGAAACGAUGUUGUAUGACUUCCAAAACCUCGGCCUGAUAAAGCUGUCCAGUCCGUUACCUUUGGAGGAGCUGCUGGUUCUUGGACUGAGCUCGCAAGACGGUGAAUGGGACUCCGAAUUAGGUGAAAUGCGAGACAUGGCCCAGCAGAUGUCAGAACUCUUAGUGAACAAGCGAGCGAUGUUGUAUGAGUACUUCUCUUUGGAGAUCAGUAGUAGCGGGGAAUUAGUGGCUCUGCCUUUAUUACUAGAUGGUCACACUCCAUUCAUGGGAGCGCUUCCGACAUUUCUAGUUCGCUUGGUGACGGAGGUCAACUGGGACUCUGAAAAGGAUUGCUUCGACACGUUUAGUCGACAAACAGCCAUAUUUUACGCCCAACCCAACACUGACAGUUCCCCAGAAAGUGUAAAAGCAGAACAUUGGAAACAAGAACACGUUAUAUUCCCGGCUUUAAGACGAUAUUUUCUACCACCGACGAGUUUUGUACAUAAUGGAGCGAUUUUACAGAUAGCUAGUCUAAAUGAUCUUUAUAAAGUGUUUGAACGAUGUUAAAUUUUGUAAUGUUAAUGAAAAAUGAAAGUUGUUACGUUUAUCAUUGUAAGUUAUAAUAAAAUAAGUUUAAUAACAGAA